AUGUGGCUCUACAAUCACUCAUUAUUAUCGAGCAGGGCGUCAGUCCACCACAACUGUUACGUAAAGUAAGUCGCACUCAGAUUAGAAACAGUGGAUCAGAGCUGGAGAUAUUUAAAUCAUUACUCAGUUGGAGUUCUCCACUUAGCGACAAGAUUGAGGAUUUUUAUAUUGUAGUCUUAAAGGGAUAUUCCAGCGUAAAAUUAAUUUAUUGUCAAACACACUGUAACACAGAGUUAGUCACCCCCUCAAGAGACGAAUGUGGCCGACCGUUUGAUUCUCUAAUUAUACCAACUUUAACAAUGAACGCAGGAUAGCAUUACAGAUAGACACACGCUCAACCAAAACGCCACUCUAUAGCCACAAAUAAUGCUCAGAACAGCACCUCACUUCAUCAACAGUACAUAUAGGGUCCUAGCCACCAAACAUCUUUUUAGCUUUGCCUGGUUUCUUUAGCAAAGAGACUAAACAUAACUCACCUACUCUCUUCCAGCAGCUGCUUGUUUGUAGCGAGACCUCAGGCCAGUCCAUUACGGACAACAGCGGGGUGACGCAGCUCAAGGAAGAACAUUUAUGAUCAUUUCUUCAUCGUUUCCUUGAAGUAAUAAUCACCAUAUUGAUCAUUUUCACUGCAGACCCGGUAGUUCUUCUGCCUUAGCGUCUCGGACUGAUUACAUUGCAUCCGUGAAUAAAUAUGUGGAAUUUUAAUUUUACGUCGGAAUAUCCCUUUAAACUAGUGUGAGGGGGUAGGUGUUAGCCUUGUUUUUAUCACUGGCACAAAAAAGAGUCACUAUAAAUGAUACACUGAGUGUCAAAAGUCUGAAUGUUUGGAUUUUUAGUUAGAAGACGCUCAUUCAUUGCUGCUUGCAGCUUUAAUUUUACCAGAUAGUUCCGUUUCAAAGUGCAGAUUUUAUUCUGUUUAUUUUUGUUGGCUGUUUAUUUUUUAGGCUGUCAUUGUGUGAAGAUGGCACACAGCUUUUGUUGCACAACCCACCUUUUUUCUGGGUGCUGUAAAACCAAAGCAUUUUACUUGCCUUGCGCCUGAAAACACAAACUAAAAAGGAUUUCCUUCAGGCUUUGACUUCUGGGUUUUGUAAAUCAAACUUAUGUUGCCACUCGGUUUUUAAUAGCCUCCUUGAUAAAGCCACUAAAACUGCAGAUGCAUUUUCAUCAUUUGAUCAUUUUAAUGCGAUUUUAAUGAGAUAUUCACCCUUAGAAGAAUGUGUAACAGCUGCAGGCAGCAAAUCAAAAGUUGGUUAUAAAGCUGUGUGUUGCUUUAAUACAGCCUUUUGUUUUAGUGCGUGGCUCAGCUCUGACCUCUGCUGUUCAGCUGUUGUCACUACAUCAGUAAGUUUUAACACACAUCCGUCACAUGCUGUUCUCCUCAAUGACUCACUGGGCGCUGUAAAGACUGGACUCAUGACCUGAUUGGCUAUUUGCAUGCGUGUGUGUGUGGAGUUUAUGAACUAAAGUCUGCCAUAUUUGUCUUUUAAAGUGUCUUUUAUUGUCUUUUCAAAAAUACUUUUUCAGCUUCACUCAAAGUGGUACAGUCUUUACACCUGAAGCCCCGCCUGUUCUGAAGUAUAUUUGUUAUAUUAUCAUCUGUACGUGUUUCUCCACCACAAAUUACACAUACAUGUAAACACAUACUGUAUGUGCACCCGUCUAACUGCUCUCAUUACGUCUAUAUAUUUUCUACUAAGCUGCACAACCUGUUCUUAUAAUUCAAACAAUUUGCUCUCUAUGUGCAGGACAAUUUACUGCUUUAAUAAGACAUGCUUCAUCUUUUCUCUAAAACCACUGAGUUCACUUUGAAUGUCAGGUUAUGUAUGAAAAGACUUCCUGGUUAGAGUUUAACCCAAGGGGAUAUAAUACAUCGCAGUUUAAGUUUGAUUUAUUGAAAGUGUAUCACACCAUGACAGCUUAAGGAUUAAGUUGGAUAGUUUGAUAUAAUUUUCAGAGUCAUAGUCAUGAAAAUACAACUGUGUCUUCUCUAGGUCACUCCAAAGGUGCUCUAUCAGACAUUACUUUUAUAGCUCAAACACUUUAAACGGCCUUGGUGACAGAUUUAGUUCACAAACAGCCUGUUUAGUUUGGCAGCAGCACAGGUGCAGGAACAGAAUUUUAGAUUUAAUUUAGCGGCCUCCAACAUUGGCUGUACUGGUUUGAGCAUGCUGCCUCUCGAUCACACAAUGACAGGGCUUAUUUAGAUACAGUAACGCAGAUACAACACCUGUGCCUUUCAAGCACUCAUCGUGUGACACUUGGCAAACAAAGGCAAGGCACAUAACAUGUUUGCACCACUUACAGCACUGAAGAGGAGGCAGAUUCAAAAGUCCUGACCUCUUUAAAUUAGUUUAAAAAUCUGUUUUCAUCUGUGUCAGGACGCCUAUUCAUUUAAAUUCUGUACAGACAAAAUGAACAUGUUACUUUCUCUAACUCUGUCAGUGGGAUACUCCUGACCAGUAGGUGGCGGUAUUUCCUCUUACUGCUUGGUUCUCACAUGUGAGUAUGUGAGGAGAGCCUCCAGGUAUAUGCCCGGGCAUGAAAAAAGCGGUGCCAGGCACAGUCUGACUCAGGUUUCCUCAGGCAGAGAUAUAAUCAAUCACAGUCCUGAUAAUCAAAUUAAAUCCUGUCCCACUCCUUCCACUCUUAUGUGUGAGUAGUCCUUACUGCUGCUGGUUUUGACCACAUGCCUGUAAACAAAGAGGGCUUAAUCUUUUCUGGUUUCUGAGUGUCUCCUCAGUGACUGAACUUACACUUCUGAGCUGGACACAUGCUACUUUCCCCACAGGUGUGUUGGUUUGUGUCAUGACAACAUGACAGUUGAACCCGUUUUAAUUACACAACAAACAGCUGUUUUAAAACCACGAGCCGUGCACCAAAUACGUUAUAUUAGCUGUAUGCUUACCAGCUAGCUGUGGUCACAUAUACCCUACAUGGGGAACCACUCAAACAAGACAUGAGGCCAGUGCAGAAUCACUGAAAACUGCAGUUCCUUAAGUGUCCACUUGAGGCUGACUGCGAAAGCACCAGAAACCACAUACACACCCAUUCUAUAAAAAUUUCUAGAAAAAAGAAAAGUAAAGAAAAUUAUUUUGAUCUAUACAUCUCAUUUCUCUAGCUGGUGAAGGUGAAGCCACUCCGAGAACAGCACCCUCUGGUGACGGGCUGCAGUAUAGGUCAUAAAUUCUGCCUCCACCAGCAAAGCUUAUGGAGCGGUGGACAAACUUUAGAAAUGUAUUACACAGAACAUAAAUGUUUCUCCCCCUGGUUGUGAUGUUGACAUGUAGUUACUGUAAGACUGGUUUGUGCUCAAGUCCUCUUGUUUUCUGUGCAGCUCUAUUUUAAAAAAUUAUUGGGGGUUCAUGUUUUCUAUGAUUGACACCUAAUACAGCCUAUUAACGUUCAGGGAUUGCGUAGCUCUCCCAGGGGAUACGUUGUUUGAGCUGAGUGUCAUCACAGCUACUCUCGGUGACUGCGCGGCCGAAUGCGCGCAUCGCUACUGCUGGUUUCAGGAAAUGAAGAAAGAUCCCGGAAAUACCGAGAGCUAUUUGGCUUCAAAUCAGUAAACAGGCGGUAGGCAGAACCAAGUUGUCCAUAGUAUAUACAGUCUAUGGUAACAACCUUAGGGUUGAAUUUUUGAAUUUCAAAUUAUUUCAAUAAGUGCCCUAUAAAGGGUUAAGUGGGAAUUUGUCAGUGUGUAAUUAUUACAAUUAAAUAUCUGACUCAUAAAUAACGGGCAGAGCUAUAGUAGAAUACUGAAAGGGUGUGUAGAAAUAAAAGGUGCGCCCCUGGUCAAAGUUCAACCGACUCCACACAGUUAGUCUGAUCUGACCUUAAUUUAAGAGUUUUCAUUGAUCUGUUUGGUAAACACUCAGCGUUUCAGUCUAAACCACGUGUUUUCUUGGACAAAGUGAAGGUAUAAAGGGUUAAAGCUCAGCAGCAGCAGCAGCAGCAGAUCAGCAGGUCUGUCUCCAGCAGUUGUUUCAUCGCUCGGCGGGCGGGCAGCUCAGGCUCGCUCCGAUAUUUCAGCUCGCUGUGGAUUGUGGGAGUCGGGGACUCUGCCCAGGCUUGUUACCGGAGAACGGGAGAUAUUUUCCGCCGUGUCCUGUUUUGUGAGUACUCCUCCGGGUUUGCACACAGCUUCAACUAGCCGACCGCGGUCGCUUCUUCGCGGCGGAGUAGGUUUCCCGAUGUUUAACGGAGCCGUUAUCGUCGCCAUUUCGAUGUUUGCUGGCAUGGAGGCCGAGAGAGCGGAGAGCGACCGAGCUGCUGGAGCUGACAGGCGGGGAGGGGAGGGAGGGAGGAGCGGGCAGCUGCCGCCGCUCUGCCGGGGUUAUUCCCACCGAAAACUCGCUGACCUUAACGAGGAAAUGCCCCUACAUCGCCUGACAGCUCCUUUUGAGCCGUUUAUUCGUCGUCUUAGUGUGUUUGUCGGAUAAAUUUGCCGGUUACAGAUACGAGGCGGGCUGUUGGCAUGCGGAAAUCGUUGUGUUGUCUGUCACUGACCAGCAGGAAGAAAUGCCCGGUAUAACCCUCCUACCUAUCUUUACACCUGACCGGAGCGGGCAAACACCGCGGAUUAAACACCUUCUUACUGUCUGUCAAUAAUACUAUCAUUUUUAAUUUAUCGAUAUGUUUGAUAAGGUGUGUUUUUUCUUGCAUUAGAGCAGGUUUAGAUAAGAGCCUGGCCUUUGGUGUUGCUAAUUGAUUCAGUAACAGCUAAUUGAUGUCGACAUCUGUUUCUGUAAAAAAGGACUAAAGUCAGCAUCACUUUGACUUUUUAUUACAUUAUUCAGCAGUUUUAACCUGUUUUAACCUUAAAGUCUUUAUUAUGCCAAUUUGCAUUCAAUAUAAAACCCCAUGUCACGAUGCUAAUGGCAUAUUUAAUGAUUAAGUCUUGGUGAAAGUGGACCCAUUCAUUGUCUUUAAGAGGAUCCUGUGUUUUCAGGGUAAUCGCAGAAAAACUUGGAAAUCCCAAUUUAGAGUGAAAACAGCAGCUGGAGGACAUGAAGAGAGUGUAAAAGCAGGCGUGUUAAAGCAGGAUACCAACAAGAGUUUUUGUUGUUACCGAGUUUGAGGUUGGGUUAGGGGGUUAUCAAAGGCGUGGACCCUGAAAUUAGUCAUCAAGUCCAUAAUAGUCGACUAAACGUCUUAUCACUGUCUUGUGUUUUCAUUCAACACCAUCAGAUCUACUUCGACAAAGUUACUACGCUUUUGGUUUUUGUUAAUCCAGUCAAAACAGGUGAUUAGUUAAAAGGAUAUUCAGGCGUUAAGUUAAGUUAGGGUCAAACACACGAUAACACCGAGUUAGACACCACGUCGAGAGAUGAAUGUUGUUGACCGCUUGCUUCUCUAGUUUUACCAACCAAAACGCCACAGCACCUAACUCCAUCAACAGGACAUAUAGGGUCCCAGCCAUAGUACUAGCCACCAAACAUCUUUUUAGCUUUGCCUAAUUUCUAAACACAACUCACCUACUCUCUUCCAACAGCCGCUUGUUCGUAAGGAGACCUCUGGGCGAGUCCAUCGAUGGCAGCGCGGUGACGAAGCUCAAGGAAGAACAUUUAUGAUCAUUACUUUAUCAUUUCCUUGAAGUCAUAAUCACCAUAUUAAUCAUUUUGCACUGCAGACGCGGUAGUUCUUCUGCCUUAGCGUCUCGGUCUGAUUGUAUUUCCAUGAAGAAAUGAUCAUAAAUGUUCUUCCUCGAGCUGCGUUCACCCCGCUGCAGUCGAUGGACUCGCCCAGAGGUCUCCAUAGAAACAAGUGGCUGCUGGAAGAGAGUAGGUGAGUUGUAUGAAAUAAGAAAUCAGACAAAGCUAAAAAGAUGUUUCGUGGCUAGUACUAUGGCUGGGACCCUAUAUGUACUGUUGAUGAAGUUAGGUGCUGUUCUGAGCAUUAUUUGUGGCUGUAGAGUGGCGUUUUGGUUGAGCGCGUGGCUCUCUAUUGCUAUCUGCAGUCGUUACUAAAGUUGGUAUAAUUAGAGAAGCAAGCGGUCGGCAACAUUCAUCUCUCGAGGGGGUGUCUAACUCGGUGUUAUGGUGUGUUUGACCCUAAAUUAAUUUUACGCCGGAAUAUCCCUUUAAGGUAGUUGUCAAAGUUGUGUUUUUUUAGUGUUGUACUGGAGUACUUUGAAUUGAAGGGUGUUCCCAGUAUUUUGCUCCCCUUGUGUUUGCCAAUGAAGGGGACAAAAUAUUGGGUACACCUUACCACUGAUGCCACGCACUAUCUUUAAUCGUAAAUGUUGAGUCCAUUAACCACCUGUCUGAUCGUGUCAGUAAGGACUGUACAUUUAGAAGAGCUGAUGAACCUGAUUGGUGUUCAUCAUAUAUCUUAAAUGAGAGGAUUGAUCCGUUAAUGAACCAUGUCGAUAUGUUCCUGCAGAGAGAGAGAAACUGGUCGUCAAACAAGCAUCAUGUCCAGCCGAGGAGGAAAGAAGAAGUCGACCAAGACGUCCCGGUCUAUCAAGGCCGGGGUCAUCUUUCCUGUUGGGCGUAUGCUUCGCUACAUCAAGAGGGGCCUGCCCAAGUAUCGCAUCGGCGUCGGGGCGCCUGUAUAUCUGGCUGCAGUUCUGGAGUAUCUCACCGGUGAGAUUUAGAGAUUAAAAACAUGUAGAGAUGAACUUUUUCAUAACACCGAAAAGCUAGAAAUGAGUCCAGGACCACCGUACUGAAGUGUUAGGGGUUAUAUUCAGAGGUCCACUCGAUAUUCGAGUCCUGCUGCAGACAUUAUUCUUUAUCGUGGAGUAUUGAUCCGUUUGUCUGUAACAGUUAUGAGUUAAAGGUACACAUUUUUCUUACACUCCUGUUGUUAACCCAGGAGACCAUAAACAGGAACUUAUUUUCUAAACCACAUGUGCGCCAUGGUUAUCGAUGGACGGCACUUAUUUUUUCCUUUCCUCCAUGUAGCUGAAAUCUUAGAGCUGGCAGGAAAUGCAGCCAGAGAUAACAAGAAGGGUCGCGUCACGCCACGACACAUCCUGCUUGCCAUCGCAAACGACGAGGAGUUGAACCAGGUCAGUCGCUGCAUGUUUGUGGAAAACCAAAAUGUUUAAGACGUGUGAAUUCUUGGUUGUUUAAUAGAAAGUGAUUUUUAAAAAGUUGUCCAGGACUUCCCAAAGUGUACAAAAACUCUUCUGCAAACUUGUGAACUUGAACACUGUCGUCUUCUCUGUCUCAGUUGCUGAAAGGUGUGACCAUCGCAGCAGGUGGAGUCCUGCCCAACAUCCAUCCAGAGCUGCUGGCGAAGAAGAGAGGAGCGAAAGGAAAACUGGAGACACCCGUCUCACCUGCACCUGAGAAGAAACCCAAACCCGUCAAGAAGUCUACAGCCAAGAAAAUGAGCGGGAGGAAGGCGGGAGGGAAGGCUAAGGUAACAGACCACCCAUCCUGACCUCUAACUGUAUCUGUCAGAAACAUAUUACUAUGAAAUGAAAUCCAGCUUCGUGAUGACAACUUGGGUUAUGUUUCUUCAACAGAAGCAGGGUGAUGUGAGCAAGGCGCCGACCGCAGACAGCACCACAGAGGGGUCUCCAGGUGACAGCUUCACUGUUCUCUCCACCAAGAGCCUCUUCCUGGGUCAGAAGGUCAGUUUUCUCUCUGUUACAACACAACACUGGACUAAUAUGAACCCUAGACAUGUCUAAUUCCUUCAUUACAAAGAAGUAAGUUUACUCUGAACGAGCAGAAGUGAUGCCAGGCUGAAGUAAGAAGAGUGAAAAAGUCUGGACCAUCUGGUAAAACACCCCUGUCUUAAAACGCAGAGGGAGACCAGGAAUUAAUAUUUGAUAAGUCAGAGUUUUGUGUCUGCUUUAGAAAAACUAUUUAAUUUAUUCCAGAGCAACUGUAAAACUCUGGCUUUUCUCUUCUCCUCAGCUGUGGUGUGUAAUUCAUAAAAAUACUCCCACAGACUCCAGACUUUAAACUAAACUCUGCUUUUCAAACAUCAUUUUAUCUCCUCUGACACUGUGAACCAGUUUAGCUCGUUGAAUCAUUUAAAGAGGAUGUCAUAUCUGAAUUAUGUUGUUGACUAUGAUGUAUGUUGUUUUAUAAAGUCCAGUCUGUAACAGGUCUGCUGUAAUCACCAGUCUUGAUUUCAGGUGUGAUAGUCAGAACAACCACAGCUGCUGCGUUAACUGCUCGUCUGUCCUGCUGCACUCAAACAACAAAAAUCCUGAUUAAACCUUUUUUUUUCUCUCUCUUUUGUUAUUGAGCUGAAACAUGGAAGUAAAUUUGCCUCCAAGUGUCAUCUGAGCUUCUUUAAACUUUCAGAUCAGAAGCUCGUAAAAAACAGAUCGGACUUUGAAAAACAUAAAAGCAGGGGGGGCGUGUAAGAAAGCGAGUGACUCAAGACUGAUGCAAGCAGUGUCAUAAGUCCCCAGCUGCUGAAUAUUAACCAAUAAUUGCUGCUUUAGUUUCAUUUUGGCACAGAGUUCGAUUGAAAAAUUUACUUCCACCACCAAGCGUUGCUAACGGCUUUGCAUGCUUUAUUUUCUGCCUGCAUUUGCUCGCAGUAACGGCUUAAUAAUUCCUAAUAGUCCUGACACUCUGCUUCACUUUCAUGGGUGAUGUUUCUCUACUCCACAUGUUCUUAGUUUUCUUAAUUCAACCACUUUUAUGAAGGAUUGAUCACCAUAUAGAGUUUGGUGUUUGCAUUAUUUGAGGUAAAACCCUGAUCAGCAGCAGCAGUAGUGUCUGUGAGCCCUCACUCCCUCCUCAUUACUUAAAUGGCUCUCUGCUCGAUUUUGCGGCUGACCUCAGACUACAGCAGCUGUUUGAAUCAGUGGAUGAUAAUUAAUCAAACGAAUGCUGUUAACCUCCCGCUGAUUGAGAUAAAGACUCCAGGGUGAAAAAAAGCUAGUUUGUUUCUGUUUUUCAGACUUCAUUAACAUAACAACACUUAUUUUUCUUCUGCCCAAAUGUUUAGCCUCAGUCUGGAGCUCCAUCAGCUUCAGUCUCACUGCUUCACUUUUGGCUUUUUAAUUUCAUUUUUAUAAAUUUGAGUCAUGAUUAACUAACCUUUGAGGCUGACAGGAUGUUACCUUUGCACUGAAAAAGUUUAAUAUGUACAAGGAUACCUCGACGUAUGAAAAAAGUCACACUUUAAAUGAAGAAUUAUGAUCCCAAAAUCACCGUCUGUCGUGCUGCCUUAAAACAAAUCUACUUGCAGACGUUUCACAGAACCAAAUGGACACCAACAUUUUUAUUCUUAAUAUUUCAUUGUGGGAACCUUCCCAAAAGGAUAAAUAAAUUUGAUCUAAUCUAAUCUUUAAGACAUGUUAAAUGUUAAUAAAAUGCUGUAAUAUAAAUGUUUGAAAAGGAAAAGCUGUAAACACUCGAACAUUAAACACGACAACAAAAAUACAUGAAAACCAUCCAAACCUGUUUAAAAACACAUAAAAAAUCUUAAUCAUGAAGAGGGUAGAGCUCUAAAUCCCUGACGAGUUGUCGAGUCCCUGGUUUUUACUGUACCCCCCCUUUAAUCCAUCCACAGAGCCCCCUGUUCAGCAUGAUCCAGCUGCAGAUAAAGUAGGGUAUGCGCUAACAAGCAGGGGUGUGCCCAGACUUUUCUGACUGGGGGGGCCCAACAUCGACUCUGACACUACAGGGGUGGCCUUAAGUUUGUGAGCGCACACAUUCAAAGCAUUUAUUAUUGCAUCUCUGCUGUAUCAUCAGCCUUAGGGUUAAAUAGUUAUUAUAAGUUCUGCCUCUGACAGAAUAAAUAACCAAAUAAGAAGAUGGUUUUUUAUCACUAUGCUCAAUUUUAGGAGUGUUGCCCCUGACAACCAUUCUGUGUUACAAACUAAAACACUUAACUUGUGCAAAAGAAAGAUUAAAAAAAAAAAGCAUGUUUGAAAACAGGAACUAAAAGAAACUUCCAGAAAUAAUCAAAACAAACUUAAAUGUAAAACAAAAAGUCAAAAAUCUCAAAAAUAUUAUAACCUCGGUUUACUCCAAUUAAAAACUGGGCAUGGCUCAGCCUGUGGAAGUUUAUUUCCCACCUCACCAGGUUCGGCUAAUUGGUCCCUAGUAUCUAAAUGUUUAAAAAGACAGUUUCUUCUUCCUUUGUGCGUUUUGUUUCUGUCUCGUCCUUUUCUAACCCUCAAACUUUUCACAGAGCUGAGCCCAUUUGAACUGAAGUAUAAAAUAACCUCAUGUUCUGUGCUGUGAAAGUCCAGAUCAGGUGUUUUAUCGACACAAACUGAAUCCACCUCUUUUAUUUGAGGCCGUUUUUUCUCCUUCACACCCUCCGCCCUGAUCGUUUCCACUGAGAUUUUAAAUAAUUGAGCAUUUCUCCGUCAAUACACCUGCAGACCUGCAGACCUGCUGUCCUCCGCUCACUCCUUUCAUUUGACACGUUUCGCUGUGAAAAUUACAGCAGAGGCUGUUUGCAGUGUCGCGUUUGUCGCAGUGUUUUUGUCUACAGGGUGAUUACGCUCAUUAACAUAUGACUCAAAGCGUGGGCUGCCGGUCUGCCUUUAGACAUCAGCUCUACGCGUCACACACACUCACACACACGCACGCACACACACACACACACACACACACACACACACACACACACACUCACACACACGCACACACACACACACACACACACUCAUAUUCAGCUUUUUCUGACCGUGCACACAGCUGCAGAUAUGUUGUUGUUGUUGUUGUGUGUUCACCCGCACAUAUGUUAAAUGCACAGCGUUCUAAACCGUCAAUAAGUCAAGGUAUCCUUGUGAUCAGAGGUGUGAAUCUGGUUUUAAUGGCUUUGCUUCCUCCUCCUCCUCCUCUUCCUCUGCAUGCUCCCUCUCCUCUGCAGCUCAACCUUAUCCACAGCGAGGUCAGUAACUUGGCUGGCUUUGACGUGGAGGGGGUCAUCAACCCCACCAAUGCUGAACUUGAACUUAAAGAUGAUCUAGGUGAGCCCCCCCUAUGUGAGGUGAGGUUUAGAUGUAAAACCCUUGAAUGUUGAACAAACUAAACACUCAAUUAGCACAAUUACCGGGUCUGUUUAUUUACUCUGCGAGCAGCUUCGUUUUAUUUAUUUCUGGAUUUAAAAUACAUCCACAAUUUCCAUGUCUAAUCCGUAGCUCUUAAGUGACUGAAUCAACUUUUUAAAAAGUAACUGGAGCUCAAAAGAAAUCUGUAAAAACAAAGAUCCUCAUUGCACACCAACUCCUCCAUAGGUUCAGCGAUGUUUCACUUAAUCAGAGUAUUAGGGUCACGUUAAAGGGAAAAAUUAAGUCUGGAAACUUUUUAACGAUGAAAAAAAUCUUCUCACAAGAAUUAAGUCGUGAAAAAUCUUUUUUUAACAGGUUUAGUUUUUCAGUCAUCAUGCAAAAAACAGUAAAUAUCCACAGUCCUGACUCAAAGCCUGAAAAAGAGACUGAACAGGAAGAAGCAAAAACCUGAUCUCAUUCUAGAUUCAAGUAAAAACCUGAGAAAUAAAGGUGGAGUAAAGUUUAAUAUAAGAAGAAUAAAGACAGAACGUAAUAAGAAUAUAGUCGCUAUAUAAUUAUAAUAAAGUCAGUUUGUUAUUAGAAUAAAGUCAGAAUGUAAUUAGAAUAAGGUCAGGAUAUUAUUGGAAUAAAGUCAGUAUGUCAGUGUGUUAUAAGAAUAAAUUGAGUAAAUCAUAAAAAUAAAGUCAGUGUUUUUAAGAAUAAAGUCAGUAUUUAAUUAUAAUAAAGUCAGUAUGUUAUUAGAGUAAAGUCAGUAUGUAUUUAGAAUGUCUAUGUAUUAAGAAUAAAGCAAGUUUGUUAUUAGAAUAAAGUCAGUGUGUUAUUGGAAUAAAGUGAGUAUGUUAUUGGAAUGAAGCCACUAUGUUAUUAGAGUAAAGUCGUGCUCAAGCUGAACUAAGACAAGUUAUUCUCGAUGUUUUUGUUCCUUAGCUGUGUGUGUUUUAAGUGUCAGGUUUAUCGUUGGCUGAAUUAAAAGCUUUUAAAAUGAUGUUAGUUAUGUUAGAAUAAAAUUAUUAUGUAAUGUUAUCCUGCUGAGAAAAUGACUCGGAAUAAAAUUUAAAAAUCUCAAUCCUCUAAAACAAAAACCCCUUUUUAACGUGGCGCUGAUACUCCAUCAUAUUAUACAGAUUUUGACUUUGGGUAUGCCCCGCUGUUUGAGUUGACUUCCAGCCUGACUUGAUGUUGUUGUCCUGAGCGCACUUGUGCAACACCAUGGCAACAAGCUGCAUGAUCAGCAUGACUUACAUGCAGACGGACAGGCACCAACCAGCCGUCACAUAACGGCCACCUGUGCAGAAUUUUUCAGUGAUGAUUUGAGACGUGGUUAUGAUAAAGUUUCAGUCAAACACAAUAAAAGAGAGAGAGACCAAACAUCGUUCUUUAUGAAACGCUCAGCAGCAGCCUGUUUGAUGACGGCUCUCAGAAAAUAAACAGACUUGUUAAUGAUGUUGCUCACAGAGUGAAAAAAAAAAACCUGGUGAGGGUCUUCACUUUGAUCCAGUUUGACCUCGAAUGAGCGAACCUGCUCUCCGACUGAAAACACGGAGCAAAGACAGAGAGAUCCUCUCCUGCAGAUCAAUCGAAUCAGGAAUGAAAGACAUAAAACGCGAACUUCUAAGGAGACAUUCAAGAAUUUUAUCAAAGCUCCUCGAGGAGAAAACCUGCCCGCUCUUCCCUCUGUAUCCUGCUGGAUGUGUUGAGAUUCACUUCAGGUCGUCCUCCUUUCAGACGGCUGCCAGAGCUCCAUUGUGCUUCAUAGCCGGAGUAAUUUCAGGACAGUUAUUAGGAUGAAGUCGAGGAGAAAACCCGACAUGAGCCUCAGUUAGACACUCACGGCAGCCCGGCUGAAAGGUCGACUGUCUGGAGUCCGGUUAUGAAACCUUUUGAACGUUGUGGUGAGCGAGAAAAGAGAGACGGCACAAUUAGUCAGAAAAUGAGUCGAAAUAUCUUCAUUUUGUUGUUGAAGCAAAAAGAAAAACAAGAUUCAGGUUUGAAAAACGAGCCAAAGAUCUGAAGAUUUGGUGUAAUUGACUGUUAUUCGUGGCGUUUUCAUAUUAAUCUGGCCAAAUGUGCCGUCCAGCUUCCUGCUUACGUGACGCCACCCACCGCGUCCACAGUAGCCUCCUUGUUUCCUGUGACCUCAUCAGCCAAUAAGGAGCACACUCACCUCUUUGUCUCCUUUCUUCCUGUUUGUCUCUCCUCCUCCUCCUCCUCACAUCUUGACCGUUCUCCGUGUUUUGACCACCAUGUCGUUUUGCCUGUCUGUCUGUCGUUUGCUGUCAUCUGUAGUUGCAAGUUGUCCAAGCCGACAUUUCCAUCGUGGAGAGCGACGCUGUCAUUCACCCGACCAACUCCUCCCUCUAUACAGGUGGUGAAGUAGGUAAAGGAACCUUUGUCACCACGGAGACCGCAAGUGCCUGUCUGCUCUCUCUCGCUCUCUCUCUCUCUCUGUCUAUGUCUCUCUCUCUCUCUCUCUUUCUGCUCACUCCUGAAAGUCUGCGGUGCCAAAAUCGCAGCUGCAGCUCGCUCUGGAUUCUGCUUUUUAAGUUAAUUAGCUGGUGCUUUGCUCUGAAGAAAGCCUGUUUAACCCACAGCUCACCCCUCUGGCUGCUCACGUGUUUGCAUCGCUGUAAUACGGCAAAACAUGGACUGAAAGAGCUGUUAUUGUACCAUGAGUGAAAAAUUAACUCGCAGAGGCUUGAAAAUGUGCACGCAGGGACUCUCCGAUGUGCCAAUUAAGCGUUCGUGAAAAACUCCGCUUUCCAAGAUCUGAAAAUCAGCUGCCAAAGAGCGUUAGAGUCACACGCUAUGCCUUCAUUAACCAAACCCAGACCUCCAGCUCAAUGUGGACACUGUGAAAAGGAUCAUUUCGAUUUGGCAGCUCCCUGUUUUUAAGAAAAGAAAACGCUGAUGUUUGGCAGCUGAACGCGUUUCCCAGACGUCAGAGAUUCCUGCUUUUUUAACCGGGUACUGUCCUUCACAGAGAUGUCAGUGAUGCUGGAAGGAUAAACUCAAAGAUGACCAUAUUGACAUGGAAUAAGGAUGCUCCCUCAUGGGCAGAGGACUCUGUAAACGCAGAGUCCUCACUUAGAGAUGUUUGGAUGCAGUUUGAGAUCAGCUUUAAAAAUGUUUUACUUUCCCAAAACACGCAAUCACAUAUCCUUGUGCGGAUAACCAAAUCAUGAGCGCAGGUUUGAACUAUAAUAGGAUUCAGAUUGACAUUUACAAGUAUCUUAACCCCAAUUUCCACCGCAUCCGGAAUGGCGGCAAAAGGGCUGUAUGCACCGAUCGCAGCUGAUCGUUUCCAUUCAAGUUAAUGUGUCAAUUUCCACCGGCUUCGUAGGCCCCCUACGGUUCAGCGGACUCUGCAGCUGAUCGCCAGGGUUCUAUUUUUUUCCGGAUGCCGCAGAAUGCUGCAUAAAUUCAGCACAGAUUAACCCGUGCUGGAAAGGAAGUUUGGCACAGAUACAAAAUAAAACAUCCUGCUUCUUUUCAAAAUAAAACAAAAAUAAAUAAAACGGGCGGAGACGGACUAGUUAAAGGUUUAUAGACAUCCGAAAUAAUCGCACGGAAAAAAAAAACGCUCCCGGUGUGAAAGGACCUUAAAAGUAGAUAUCCUCCUCUGGAAGAACACAAUCUACAGCUUAUAUGUCUAUGUGGCUGUCUUUAUAGAGACAACACUUUAUCGCGCAAUUGCAUGUGAAUCCGCGGGUUCUUGUGAGUUCUCGCAAUUCCUACUGUUGGAAAUCUGCCACAAAAUUCACCUUACAAAUGCAUCUGGUGGGAAUUGGCAGAUGGCAAAAAUCGAUGCUGUUCUGCAGUGGAGCCGUUGCGGAUGUGGUGGAUAUUGGGGGUAACUCUUGCUGCCCUGCUGACUCGGGUUCAAAGAUCCCAUCACAUUAUUUUAUCUGUUCUCGGUCUGAACACUGGAUUAUUUACGUCAGGUUUUUAACUCUUCCAAAACGUUUAAAUCUGACCGCAGUGAAGACCGAGUCUCUGCUGCAGCUUCUCAACCUUUGUAAGUGAAUUUUUUACUUUGUGCACAACGUGAACUAAAGGAGUCUCCUCCUGUGACGCGGCUGGUCUUUGUGCCUGUGAUGAUGCUCUCCACUCUCUGAUGAUGUUCAAUAAUCCCUCUGAAGAAAUGUUAGACGGUAUCAAAGUGCUGUUAGUCGUGGACGAGAUGCUGAGUCAGCCGGAACAUGAUCCACUCAGCAGCAGCAGCUGGAGCGUAUUUCUCUGUUUGUGUCCGCCGCUGCUGCUCAUCACUGCUUUGUUUCUCUUGAUUGUUGGUGAUCUGAGACUUUGCUGUCAGAUCAGCUGAUUGGAGACAGUGAUUCGCUGAAUGGACCGUCUGUUUUCAUUUAAGAGGAAAUCAGUGCAUUAGUGUUACAGCAUGUUACUGUUAAUAUUCACCUGAUUACUUGUGUCAGCUUUUAAACUAUGAAUGAUUCUGGACGCUAACCUGAUCAUGUUGUUCCCCGUCUGUCUGUUUCUAAAGAUGAUGAUGAAGCAAAAUUGGAGCUUUUUUUCUGUCCCUGAUGGACUCUCUGAAUCUCCUCUCUGGUUGAUUGUGGAGCUCCUCUCUUUAGCUCUGGUGAACUUCUGAUAGUGUGAUCUUAUCACUUCUCUACCUCCUUCUUAGAGUUACUGAAGUUGCUCCCAGGACCUGAUUACUGAAGCUGUGUGAGCAAACAUCGUUAAAAAGGUGGAAAAAUAAACGCUGAAGUGAAAGAAACGACUCUGAGUCCAAGCCAAGUGUGAGGACAGAGGGAAGUAAUUAUGGAGCGGGGCCUAUAAGGCAUUACUGUCCUGACUCAGAGUGAGUCAUUUGGAAAACAGCAGCUUUUAAUCUUUGCACUUCACGACCACUUUUGUUCAGCUGUUUAACAAAGUUCAACAAAUCACUAAAGAAGCGGUGAAGAUGUCAGCUCAGAGAGAGGACCAGCGAGACGAUUGACAGCAUCGUUGUCCGCCUGCUUGCCUGACUGUGUGUGUCUCUUCAUGUUGUCUUGCUUGCCCGUUCUUCUGUCCGUCUCUCUCUCUCCAUCUCUCUGUCUGCAUGAAACCACCUCUCAGACUCUCUGUAGUGAGGAUGAAAUGACUUCAGCUCCUCUCUCUCUCUGCUCUCAGGCACCGCUCUGGAAAAGAAGGGAGGGAAGGAGUUCAUUGACGCGGUGCAGGAGCUGAAGAAGAAGAACGGCCCCCUGGAGGUGGCUGGUGGUAAGUGCGCAGAGCAGAUUGUGGUGUUGCUACUAUUGCGAAUAAAAACAAAACUGAAAAUAAUUCAAAGAAAAUAAAAAUAAUAAUAAGAAGCAUUUUUUUUACACGUCUUAGAUUGCUUCGGUAGAAGAAAACUAAACUUUUUAAAUAAACAAACUUAUUCUAGUUUAUUCUAGGUUAUUUCUAUAAAUAGUAUAUAUGUAUAAUCUCUCAUUGUGGGCAGUAUUGACAGGGGAAAAGUGGGAUUAAUUCACAGCUUUGUAAAUUCUGUUCUGGUAAGUAUUUCUCAAACUCUCAGAACUUGACUGGUCAGGAACGUUUUUGUGACCAAAGUUUUGCAGCAGAAGGAUUUUCGUUGUAUUUGAUGUAGACGAUGAUUUACAGAAGACCAAAGGAGACGAUGAAAUAACUUUGAUGAUACUCCUCUAAAUUUGAUGGUCAGGGUAGUCGGUUUGGAGCUCUCUGUUCUUUAAAAGUAAGAAAACAAAAGGAUUUUGACGACUUCAGACUUAGCAAGGGUUACGCUUGUAGCCGACUUCACUAACUUUUAAACUGGAUGUUUUCAGGUCUUGAUAAAAAAGGAGACGCGACAUUCAAACUUUAGACGGUGUCAGAGCGAGUUUUUUCUCCGUCCUGUGCUUAGGCUCGGUUAUAAGAGGAAGGUUCAGCACAGUGUAGUUUCUCCUGCAUGAGCACAAGGAUGGGGAGUCUAUGUGGACAUGAUGCGACUGUUCCUCUCCUCGCAUUUCACCAUUAAUAUAAAUGAUAAGCGUGUUAACCAUACUGUUGUGUUAAACUUAAGUUAAGUUAAGUAAGUUAAGUUAUUAACUUAAGUUUUUUCUCUUGAAAUGUGUGAAAAACAGCGAUUGUGGAUUUGAACUCAACGAAAGCAUCAGAACAUUUUUAUCCUUUUUCUCUGUUUAAAGGCAUGGUUGACGAUUGGAGAGAUUUGUGUUUAUUAUGAACCUCGUUUCUAUGGCGAUCAUGGUCCUAGAGUGCGGUCUCCACAAAGUGAAGAGAAAAAAGGAUGGAAAAAAUCCGUUCACCCUAACAGCUGCAGGGCUGCAAAAACAUUGACCUAUAGGAGCCAUCUGUCCCGGACAGCUCCUAUUGGUCAAUCUCCUGCUCCGGCAGAAGGAGGACGAUAACAGUCAUCUCUCUCUCUCUCCUGUCAUCACUCUGCGUUCGUUUCUUCUCCUCUGAAUUUACUGUUUCAGUUCCCGACUUUCUUCCAGCAUCCCGGCCGAACUGCAACAGUGAAGUCAGUGUGUCCCUUAAAUCCAUCCUCUCUCGGAUCCGGGUGUUUUUGGAGUCCACAUUCAGAAAGUGAUGUCCGGACACUCAGAGGGGUUUAGGGUUUUGGGUGUGAACUCACAGAUCCGGCUCGUUUGAAGCUGCCACUUUUCUUUUUAACGGGACUUUUAGAGAAACAGAGAAACCAUCAAAGACUUUCUUGGCGCCUCGUCUCUGCUCUCCGAGACUUCGGUCCAAAUCUGAAGGCUCCGGUCUUCUGAGAGUCGUUCUGUUUAAACCCUCGCAGAUUAUUUUAUCUUCCAGUCCAUUUGUCUCUUUUCUCUCCUCUGUCUCUCUCAUCGUCUUCCUCCAUCUGUCUCUCUCAUUAUUCAUCACUCACAGUCAAUUUCUCUCCCCACCUUCUCGCUCCCUCGCUCGCUCGCUCACAUUCAGCCAAACCAGCUCAACAUCAUAAUCCCGCUCUCUGCUGGAGCUCAUAAAUAGAUUACCAGGUGACUGAACACAGAGCCAGCGGAGCCUUUCAGGGGUUCUGAAGGAUCCGGAUCAGCCCAACAGUCAUCCUGACCAGAUCUGGGUCAGGACAGCUGUCAGAGAAAGUACUUCAGGAUGUUUAAAGUACUUCUUAAAAGUAUCUCCUAAUCUGGAUUAUGAGGAAACUCUCAAACUCAGGCAGGUACAGAGAUAUUCACUGUGUUUUUAGUAGAGAAAUCAGAAAAUCAGGUUAAACUUGGUCUGGGGAUUAAUAAUCUCAAAACAGUUAAAACUAGAAUAAAUGAGUCCUGCACUUUUCCUCAGUUAAUCUCAUAUCAUCAUGUCUCAUUAUAUUCUCUUUCUUUCUUUCUUCUUUAUUUAUCUCAAACUUUAAGAACAACAACAAGCAACUAGAAACAAAAACACGGAACAAUAUAAAACAUAUGUUCACCAAACAACUGUACAUGUCAAAGAUGAAUUAACAUAUGUAUGUCAAAAAUAAACAGUUUGAGAAGGAACAGAAUGAAGCAAAAAGCCAAUCUAGUCCUGACCCUUCCUCGCAAAUUAGAGAUUUAAAAAAAGAAAAAAUCUAUUUCUAUAAAUUACAAAGAUCUGUAUAAAUACAUACAUUUAUACACAAAGAUCCCUGCUCACCACCCAACAGGUUACUUAUUAUAAUUACUUGCAUUAUAUUAUAAUAACAAUUAGUGUUAUAAUAUUCAGAAUUAAUAUUACUUUUAUGCAAUCCAGUAAAUCAAGUAUAAAACCAUAUUUUUUGUUAAUUUACUUAUAUGAAUCUUUUAAUACUCUCUAUAGUUUGAUUUAGAUAUUUUAAUGUUAAAGUGACAUCCAGGCUCUUCCAGAGUUUAACACAACAAACAGAAAUGCACAUACUUUAUUCAGUGACCGACUCUGAUGUCGAUCACAAACAUCUUAUUCCGCUGUUGUUGUUGUUGUUUUAUCAUGUGAGAAAAUCUGAUGUAAUUAUGAUAAAACCUGGUAACCUCAGACAGACGCACAUUUAAGUCAAUUUUAAAUAAUUCCAAGACUUUUAAGAAAAUACAUGUGAUGAUGCUGACAUUUGUUUGUCAGAGUCGAUAUUUAACUCCAUUAUUUAACAUAUUUUAAUAGAAUAUUUAUCAAACAUGAAUCAGUAACUGUUUGAUUUGAUCUGCUGUCUUUAGGGAGGAGAAUAACACGUUAUGAUUACAGAGGACGUCGCUGACAGGUCCGCCUGCAGCUCUGUAGAAAUAAUUUAUGAAAAUCAAAUUUACAUUGAACAAAAUACGAUUAAAACAUAUUCAUAAAGUUUCUGAACAUAACUGAACAUGAACUGUUAUAACUGCAGACUCAAAAGUCGGAAAAAUAUCUGCUCAGACAUCUGAACUGAAAAAUGAAAAUGAACUGAAUAAAUAAAAGCUAACAGAAAGAAAGGGAUGGGAACUGGUAAGAUUUUAUUGAUAUCGAUGCCAUUAUUGAUUCUUCUUAUUGAUUCAAUUCUUUAGCGAUUCCCUUACCAAUGCCUUUCUUUGAUUUAAAAAAAAGUAGACCAAAGGUUUUCAAUGUUAACUUAAAUUUUGAUUGGGUCUCAUAUAACAGAGAAGGAUGUGUGCCACCUUCAGUGAGAGUCUAAAAACAAUCAAAUGGCAAACUAUUUGUACAGCGUUUACUUCGGUUGGUAUAAAGUCAAAUACGUAAGACUACCCGACAAACGUUGAACGUCACGCUGUUGUCGUCUUUCUUAGUAAAUUGAAGCCUCACUUUAGAUCGUUUCUGCCCACUUUUCGUAGCAUCCACUGUGUUUUUUUCCUCAGAGUCUCUGUUCUCGUUCACGCAGAACUGGCUCUUAUGAGACCGUUUUUCAAGUCACCCAAAAGAAAGAGAUCGUCAAGGGAAUCAUUAAGAUAAACGUAAAUGAUGUCGAUGAAUUGAACUAUUUGGAACCAGUUCUCAACAAGAACCGGUUCUCGAUUCCCAUCCCUCCAGAAAGAUAAAGAAAUCCUUUUUCCUCGUUGUUGCGGUUGUCAGCGUUGUUGUCGUUGGCCUGAGCUGGUGAAGCCUCUCUCUCCCUCUGAAACUUUAAUCACAUCUGCAGGAAUAAUUCAUAAAAAAAUUAAUUUUGCAUUUAACAAAAUAGGAUUAAAACAUUCUUACCCAACAUUUGUAAACAUUUGAUUUAAUCAUUACAGACUCAAAAGUCGGUAAAAUAUCUGCUCAGACAUCUGAACUUAUUUAAAUAAGAACUGAAAAAUGAAAACAAACUUAAUAAAUUAAAGCUCACAGAAAGAAAAAGAAAUCCUUUUCCCUGUUAUCAUCAUUAUCACCCUUAUCGUGUUCGUUGUUGUUGUUAUCGUUGUCAUUAUCGUGUUCGUUGUCGUUGGCCUGAGCCGGUGAAGCCGCUCUCCCUCUGAGGUUUUAAUCACAUCUGCAGGAAAGUUUCCUCGCCGUCCUCAUGAUUUGAUUGACAGGCGAUCCCCAGAUUUGCGUUGCAGCGAAGCUCUCUCCCAAACCGUUAAAGCAGUCGAACUCUCUGUAUCUGUAAUCUUCAUCAUCACCAUCAUCAUCAUCCACACACUUCACCUCCCGGUCAGAUCACACACACAGUCAGACGAACUCCCGCCCUGCUCUGAAGUGUCUCCAUCCUCUCCAUCGGCACUCCAUCUGGAAAUCAGCUCGUCGUCGGUUCGCUAAUAAAACCUGACUGGAGGUUUUCUCACUUCACACAGUCGGAGGCUCUGGCUGAGUUUUCACGUCCACAGCUGCUGGCUUGUCUUCUCUCUGCUCGUCGGUUUCCCCCUCCUCUCCCUCCAGCUGUCUGGAGAAGUGAUUUCUGGAGCCCACCUCGCAGUCGAACUCUGCUCAAACCAUUUCAAGCUCUCGGAGAUUUGCCGAAUGUAUUUUCCAAAAAAGAAAAGUGUUAUUUUAGCAUCUCCGGUCUCCAAGUUUGACUUUAGGGGAUUUAACUUCUGACAGAAGCAGUUAAUGAAGCUGAUGUUUGACUGUAGAAACACAGAGGUGAUGUGAGGAGAUGAGACACAUGUCAGAGGUCAACAUGUUCAUUUACUGUCUGAAGAAAGAAAAACAAACACUGUGUUUGUGGCGCUGAUCGCUCCUCAUACUGUAGGUGGCAGCUGUGGACGACCACAGAGACGGGUCUGUCAUUAAGUGUCAUUAUAUUUGAGACUUGAGUAAACCUUCAUGUCAACAUUUACUCAGCAGACUGAUGUCUUAUUGUUUGUUUGUGUUGGCCUCUCCUCUCUGAGGGACGUGUUUGCUGGUGUAACGCUGAAGCUCGAUGUUUUUUUUUUACUGUUAUUGUGUUGUAGUUUUAUUUCAGGAUGACCUUUGUUGACCUUCUGUGUGAAACUUUUGUUUAUUAUUCACUUAAAACGUGAAACAGUCGAGUUUUAUUUUCUAAACUGACUCAUUCCCUGUUUUGUGAUAUAACCUUGACGAUGAUCGAUGUUUAUCGACAAAAAACUGUUAAUAUGUUAAAGUUCCAAUCAGAGUUUUUUCACACAGACAAAAAAAAUGUGCUAAUAUUACUUUUCUCAUAACUCCUGCUUCCUCCUCUCCUCUCCUCUCUAUCCUCUCUAUCCUCUCCUCCCCUUCUCCUCUCCUCUUUAUCCUCAUCCUCUCAUCUCCAUCCUCACCCUGUCCUCUCCUUUCCUCUCUCUUGCUCUCCUCUCUUCUUCUCUCCUCUCCUCCCCUUUCCUCUUUAUCCUCACCCUCUCCUCUCCUCUUGAUCCUCAUCCUCUCAUCUCCUCUCCUCUUCUCUCAUCUCGUCUCCUCCCCUCUCCUCUCCUUUCCUCUUCACUCAUCUCCUCUUUAUCCUCGUCCUCUCCUCUCCUCUCCUCUCUAUCCUCAUCCUCUCUUCUCUAUCCCCUUGUCUCCUCUCCUCUCCUCUCAUCUCAUCUCUAUCCUCAUCCUCUCUUCUCUAUCCCCUUGUCUCCUCUCCUCUCCUCUUCAGCUGUCCUGACUGGCGGUUUCGGUCUCCCUGCGAAGUACGUCAUCCACUGUAACAGUCCAGGUUGGGGGUCCGAUAAGUGUGAGGAGCUGCUGGACAAGACGGUGAAGAACUGUUUGGCUCUGGCCGAUGAGAAAAAACUCAAGUCUGUGGCUUUCCCGUCUAUCGGUAGCGGAAGGUAAGAGAAGUGACAGAAACACACCUGGAGCACGGUCAGAUCACAGAUUCACAGAUUCUGGUUUGAACAUUUUCAGUUUGAUGUUCUUUUGUGAUCUCAGUCGUCACUUUAAUUUAAGGAGGAUUCACUCUGGUUUGGUCUCAAACUGGAGCUGCUCACAGUCUUAAUCAAAAACCUAAAACAGGAUUAUCAAGUCCUGUUGAGUUGUCUGUCUUUCCAGAGGAAUAUGAGGGUGAAUGCUCUGAUAGUUUCAGUUAGGGCUGGGCGAUAUGGCCUCAAAUCAAUAUCAGGAUAUAUUGAUCAGUUCACCUCGAUAACGAUAAAUGGACGAUAACUACUCCACAAGCUGCUCACCCCCUCCCACAUUAACUUUGUCUACUUCAGCCGCUCCAACUCUUGACCCGUCCUCCAUCUCCUCACCCGUCUUUCCCUGUUUGUUACGGACUGGAUGGGGUGGAGUCACAUCUCUGACGUAGGACAGCGUCUUAAACAGACAUGAGACCUUAGCCUACCUACACACAUCCAAAACCAACUUUGAUUUAUUCCUUUUUUUUACAUCAAGUAUAUCAAUAUGGGCAAAAUGACAUCAGUUGUUGUCGUAAAUUUCAGUGUUGGUAAAUUUUCGGUUUAUCGCCCGGCCCUAGUUUCAGUCCUCUGUGAGUCAGUCCAGUCUGAGACUUCUUCAUUUAUGGUGAACCUAAAAAUGGGUCAGACCUUUGCAGACCUUUGAAUCGAAAUCAGACGGCUUGUUUGUUGGUGCAUCUCCACCAGUGUUGUUUUCGACGACGUUGAUGAAAAUAUUUCGUCAACGUCAUUGUCACCGAAAACAACACUGCAGAAUAUACGUUUAGCGUUUGACUGACGAAAUGCUCAUGAAUUUUGUGACUCUGCUCGUCGUCCACCACUAACGUUUCGUCUAUUCUCGUCAACGUGAACGCACAUUCGUCUCGUCACAUUUUAGUCAUCUAAGACUUAUGUUUAGCUGUUUUGAUGAAAAUAUUUCGUCAAUGCCCCUUUUUUUCCACAACAAAGACGUGACGUUGACGAAAUAUUUUCAUCAACGAAAACAACACUGAUCUCCACAACAUCACCAAAUAAGAAAGUGAGCCCCGUGUACAUCUCAUAUUGAUAAUGCUUAAAGAAUAUGUUUACCCCUGUUUUUACCGUAUCUUGAAUACUGGUUAUUAAACCCUGAAACCAGUCGUUUCUGGAGGGGACAGGCGGGUUCUGGGUCUGAAAACACCUCCUGUGUUUGUACGUCCACCUGUCAACUGUCUCCUCUCCAUCAGGAACGGUUUCCCCAAGCAGACGGCGGCCCAGCUGAUCCUCAAGGCCAUCUCCAGCUACUUCGUGGCCACCAUGUCUUCCACCAUCAAGACCGUCUACUUCGUGCUGUUCGACAGCGAAAGCAUCGGGAUCUACGUGCAGGAAAUGGCCAAACUGGAGGCGAGCUAA